UGGUUUCAUGUGGAACGCAUCAAUCCGCUUCGUUUGCACGAGGACAACCGCAUGCUUGGCGGUUUUUCUCUCAAAUCGUUCCUUUUCCCUCGACCCAGUACGGCCACAGCGACCGCGGCUGUCACCCGACAGCAUGACCUGAUUCGCUCUGUAUGGACCGAACUGAUCAAGUUGAUCGAUAUGAAAAAGAUCGAUCCGUUGGUGGACACCGAGUGGAGUUUUGAAGAGGUGCGUCCCUUGUUCCCUUUCUCUGUGCGUCAACAACUAGCUUUGCUGAAAACCUGUUUCGAUUGUGGCUGA